AUGUCCAGUCCGGAACCGCAUGGCUCAUCUGGCUUCACAGACUCGGAAUCGUCUGCUGAAUCCCUCGAAUUUCAAGAACAUCAAUACACAGCGACCCGCACCUCCGUCGCUGCCGGUGAAGGAGGCGGCUACAACUUCUAUACGCAUCCUGCCCGAACAUCCGUGCUAGACGCCAACGGUGACCUGAUUCUCGAUCCUACGCUACGUCUAGGCCCCGCGCCGGCUGCAAACUCGACUGAGAUGGAUUAUGCGGCGGCACAAGGCGAUAUGGCCAACGUGUGGAGGGCCUCUAGCGGCAGCUUGCCAUCCUUUUCUCGAGCCUUCGACUUCUUUGCUUCAGAGCCUGCGAGCGCCACAGCAGACGACGACAGAUUCUUCGUGCCAUCGUAUUUGAAGGGAUCGACAUAUGUCCUGAAGCUGGAGGAAGCAUACAAUAAGAAGCUAGAAGCUCAAAAGGAAGUCAAGCGGAGUAAAGGGAAUGGGCAAGACAUCAGCGCCUCAGGCCUCAGCACGACGCCGCUGCCUGCUGGUGCUCACAGAGGCAUGCUGCACACCGUCAUGGAAAGAACGCCGUUUGAUGACGGCGACAGUCUAGCGCCUCUGCCUAGGCACUGGAACACCGCAGACAUGUGGACUUCAAUAGAGGUUAUGCCAAAUAUGCUGGGGCUCAAAUUCUCAGGACCCAAGAACCAUCACGAGCGCGACCACGAAGCCAGCGCCAUUCGGGCGGACCAUUUUAUGCCCCCGCAGUGUGGGAUAUACUAUUAUGAAGUACACAUUAUUUCUGGUAAACAAGAUGAUACGACCAUUGCGAUCGGAUUUUCAGCCAGGGGCGCAUCACUAUCACGGCCUGUGGGCUGGGAGCCAGAGACUUGGGGUUAUCAUGGCGAUGAUGGCCGGUGCUUCACAGGCCAAAACAUUGGCCGGAGUUAUGGACCGUCAUUUACGACGGGUGAUGUGAUUGGUUGCGGAGUCAACUUUCGAGACCAUACUGCAUUCUGGACCAAAAACGGACUCAUGCUAGGUUCUGCAGUUCAGGAUGUUCCCAGGAGCAAGCUAUAUCCGUCUGUCAGUCUGAAAAAGCACGGUGAGGAAAUAUCUGUAAACUUUGGACAGGAACCGUUUGUUUACAAUAUCGACGACAUGAUGAAUGAACAACGCGAGAGCAUCCAGAGAGCCAUUCAACGGACAGAUACUUCACAUCUGGAGCCAGGUAUGAACGAGACGGAUCUCAUCCAAACCUUGGUACUGCAGUUCCUUCAGCACGACGGCUAUGUGGAGACGGCACGUGCUUUUGCAGAAGAUAUGAAGCUGCAAAAGGAAGCCCUGAACCUGAAUCCGGACGUAACGGUGGAUGGCGUCAAUAUUAAAGAUGAUGAGGAUGCAAAUAACAGACAGCGCAUCAGGCAAGCGAUUCUUGACGGAGAAAUAGACCAGGCGCUCAAGUAUACCGACAUGUUUUAUCCACAAGUGCUCCAAGAUAACGAGCAGGUAUAUUUCAAAUUACGGUGUCGCAAAUUUAUUGAGAUGGUGCGAAAGGCUGCUGAGCUGAGCAUGAAAUACGACAGCAAAAUAGGAGGUGAACAAGAGAUGGACCUGGAUUUGAAUGGCAGCCAUGGGUGGGGAGACAACAUGGACACUGACGGUGGGGAUCACAGAGCGGAGCUGACCAAGUUGGAAAAUAAGAUGCUUAAAUAUGGCCAGUCUCUACAAGGAGAAUAUGCCGGCGAUUCGAGAAAGGAGAUUGGCAAGGCAUUGAACGAGAUUUGGGCGCUGGUGGCAUACAAGAACCCGCUUAAAGAGCCACAAGUAAGCCACCUGCUGGAAGAAAGGGGCCGAGUGACGGUUGCUGAGGAGCUGAACUCUGCCAUUUUAUCAUCGCUGGGAAAGUCUUCCCGAGCAUCACUGGAAACGUUGUAUGCGCAGACUAGCGUGCUACUUGAAGAUUUACGAAAGGAUGGCGGUCCAGGUGCGUUUGUAUCGCUUCAGGACGUGGUAGAUAGCAUUCAGCAGUUUCCACAGAUGUGA